AAUGAAGUGGAUAACGACACCGACACAGACACUACAUUUAAUGUGAUUAUAUACUCGGCACUAAUACUGGGACUACUGGUCUCAGCCCUCAUAAGAACCACAUCAUUCUUCGUGAUGUGUAUGCGAGCGUCGAUUAAUCUUCACAACAGAAUAUUCUACUCAUUAUUGAGAGCACCCAUACAUGUGUUUGAUAGCUCUCCCAUUGGCCGUAUAUUAAAUAGGUUUACGAAAGACACGGGUAUUGUCGAUGAACUCUUGCCAUCGACUGCUUUCGACUUACAAAUGACACUAUCUCUGGUCAUCGGAACACUAAUCGUAAACGCAAUCGUCAGUUGGUUUUUGAUAUUUCCGGCGAUAUUCCUCUGUAUUGUGGUCUUUAUGUGCAGAUAUUUCUACAUCAGAUCCGCUCGUGAUAUCAAACGAUUGGAGGGAUUGUCUCGGAGUCCGGUUUACUCCCACUUAAACACUACGCUAUCGGGUCUGUCGACUGUCCGGGCAUUUGGUGUACAAAAGAUGUUUGAAGAGCAGUUUGUGAGACACCAGAACGACAAUACGGCCACUUUCUUCCUAUUCAUUUGCACUUCCCGUGCGUUCGGUAUUCUCAUGGACUGGAUCUGUGUCUUCUAUAUCAGUGCUGUCACCGCUUUUAUCAUGUUUUUCGAUAACCUGCCGGGAGGUGAUGCCGGUCUGGCCCUGUCUUCAGCGCUAACACUGACGGGAAUGACUCAAUACGGAGUGAAAUGCUCGGCAGAUCUCGAGUCCUAUAUGACAGCAGUGGAGCGAAUGCUUGAGUACUCGCAUAUUAAACCUGAGGCCGAACUCGAGUCCCGACCGGACCGCAAACCUGACUCCGAAUGGCCCGAAACGGGAGAAAUUGAGUUCAAAAAUAUAAGCCUUCAAUACAACGAAUCGCCGAAUAAAGUGCUGAAAGGACUGAAUGUUUUGCUCAAAGGGGGAGAAAAGGUGGGAGUCGUCGGCCGAACCGGCGCUGGGAAGUCGUCCGUUAUAUCAGCCAUCUUUCGGAUGACUGAACCCGAGGGACAGAUACUGAUCGAUGGCGUAGACAUACAGUCCAUCGGUUUGCAUGACUUGAGACGUCAGAUAUCAAUCAUACCUCAGGAACCGGUGCUCUUCACGGGUUCGGUGCGCAAAAAUUUGGAUCCGUUUGGCGAACACCCGGACGACGAACUCUGGGCCUCUCUAGAAGAGGUGCAGCUGAAGGAGUCUGUGGUUCAACUUCCCGGACAAUUGGAUGGUAUGGUCACAGAAGGCGGCAGUAAUUUCAGUGUCGGUCAAAGACAACUCGUAUGUCUGGCCAGAGCUAUACUGAGAGACAAUCGGAUACUAGUGUUAGACGAGGCGACCGCUAAUGUGGACCACAGGACCGACGCUCUCAUACAGAGGACUAUUAGAGAAAAGUUUAGAUACUGUACUGUCAUUACGAUUGCUCACAGACUCAACACAAUUAUAGAUUCCGAUAAAGUGAUGGUGUUAGACGCGGGAGAAGUGGUUGAGUUCGGUAUACCUCACACUUUGCUGGAGAAGAGCGACGGGUUGUUCACCAAAUUAGUGAAACAGACGGGAAAACACAUGACCACUAGAUUGAGACAAAUGGCUAAACAAUAUUACUCUCAUAAAUACGAUAUACUCGAAGAAAAUGAAGGUUUCGAAGAGAAUGACAUUCAAAGUGAUUGAGAAAACUUUUAUACUUUUUACAGAUAUUUAUAUAAUUAAGUUAAUUAACCC